AUGCAUCCUUUAUCAACGGUUCUGCUGGCCAUUCUGGCUGGCUCUGCUUCAGCAGCCGUCAAAGACUGGCAGCAAUGCGGCGGCCUGAACUGGAACGGCGAAACGGAAUGCGAAUCCACAGCCGGAUGUGUGAAGCUCAACGACUACUACUCCCAAUGUCAACCUGGCGCUGCUCCUCAACCGGAGCCAGAACCUGAACCUGAACCCGAACCCGAAAUUCCCCAGGCAUCGUCCAUCCUGUCGGAGACACCCAGUGCAACUGGCACUCCCGCAGGAGCAGGUCCUGGCCGCGAUCUCCAAACCGGUUACUACUGGAUCCGCGCGGUGGCCGCCCCCAACUACCACAAAUACAUGCAGACCAAACCGCUCUACUCGACCGGCCCCGCGCUCCUAGGCGACUACACCACGGCGGGGCAAUUCCAAGUCGUCGACGGCCAACUCGUGCAACUCGUCUCGGCCGCCGGCGCCAAACCCGAGAAACUCCUCUACGCCAUCGUCUCCGAAACCCGCUACAUCAACAACAACUCGCUCUCCGUGACCUUCAGCGAGACCAAGAACACGUACGGCAAGUUCGCCUGGAACGGCGACGGGCUGACGUGGAGCCAUCCCAGUGUCCAGCGGCCCAAUGCCGCGGCUUGCUUCGUGCACGUGCCGCCGCGUUGCCCAUUCCUCCCCGACGCGUUUCGGGUUUCUUCAACCCCCAUCAUUGCACGCAUAGAAAAGCAUCCUCCAGCUUUUGCAAAGGGCUUGCCGGGCUGGGUAUUGGACAAAUCGAGAGACGUGGGAUGCAGUGGGUGCACGCCUCAGGUCUCGCGAGAAGCCCUGAUGCAUGGCUUGGUAAAAUCGGGUCGACGAGCUCUGCUCAUUUUCCAUGAAGCUCAGCACUGUGGGAAGCGACCCAGAUAUACCCCCGUCAGGAGUAACUUCUGCGUGGUCAAACGGAACAAAAGCGAUGCCAACUGCCCUGACAAUGUGAAACGCAGGCGCUUCUCUGCUCCAAGAGCGAGAAGGGAGAGGUUUGGGCAACUGGAAUUCACGCUCUGGCACGGACAGAUGCAGAAAGUACUCGACUCCGUGUCAAAAUCCCUGGCGAUGCACCGUCAAAAGCUCUUCCAAUAUGCGCAUGGACCCAUACUUCAGAGGAUUCAUUGCUCUGACAGCUCUUCUACAGCGAGCGUACCGUUGCUGGAUCGACUGCGAGCCAUGGUCGAUACUUAUGACUUCACGUCUGAUCCUCAUGUGUUGCACUUGAUAAAGCGGCAACAACAUAAUCGUGCCGACAUCAAAUUGCCCAAAUCUAUCACCAGCAAAGGUACAAAUUGCUACAACAGACUUUGCGGUCUCCUCAAAUGGUUCCACCUUGACCGCCGAGAUGCGGACUCUCCUGCGGUGGAAGCAGACCAUAUGGCAAAGCUACUCGCGGAACUCGAGGCCCAAAGCAAUGCACCUACGUCCAAACCAGACCACCUAUCAGCACAAGGUGGCGCAGCUACAUCCAAACUGGGCAGCUUAUCGUUAAAAAUUGAGGAACUCGUCAAGAUGUUAGUGUCUGAACACGGCCCAAACUUCUCCGGCCUCGUCUUCGUUGAAGAUGCGAAAUGGGCGGUUGAUAGCUUUGUCCCAGAGGGAAAGGUAAAUGAGGAUGAUACCUCAUUCCGCACGCAGGAGCAGAAAAAGUUGGACGAUUUUCGAGUGGGCCGAAUCAACGUGCUAGUCACUACCAGUAUUUCCCACCAGGCUAUCGCCAUUUCCAACUGCCAUUUAGUUGUAUGCUUUGUACCACCUGACGACCUCGAAUUGACUCCGGAAAUUCUGGAGGAAUUGGGUUCGCCGGAAACCUGGAAGGCAGCAGAGGAGAAGACGCCUGAAGCACAUUCGAAGGACAUGGAGCAAGCGAGGAGUGUGGAAGAGAUGGAAUCCAUCAAUCAAGAUGAUGGGUGGGGUUUGCAAGACGGAGAUGCACCGAAAGUUCCGACUCCCAAUGGCGAAUCGGGGCUGGUUGAAUGCUCUGCGCCGUACAAUCCCUGGAUACAAGUUGCAGAAGAGCAACGGCGAAAUCCAUACACUUACCAUCAGGUACUCCUGAGAAUGGAGGGCGCCGAAUUGUGUCCCCAGAACAUGGUUCUUCUUAUGCCAUGCGCCAUUCCACAGAUACCGGAGCUUCUAUUGCACUGGAACAAGCCGAAGAGGUUUUACGUCGAAAGCUCCCCCUUGCCACCUGUGACACUAGACGAACAAGCUCUGGAAACCAUGCGCUCGAUAACUCGAAAGAUCCUCGACUGGGCAUUCCUGGGUGGUUGGACAAAGGCCGAUAAUAACGAUUUCCCCUGCCUGCUCGUGCCGCACUCCCUUUCCAGCGACGGAACUUGCAGCAUCUGGGAUUCGAAUCGUCUCAGGGAAUGGGAUGCUCAGUCUAGUGGAGAAACGUCCGCCAUUGAGGAUCCUCAGCAAGGACGGCGCGUGAGCGACUGGGCCCUGGUUUCCUCACGAAUGACCCGGAACCUCUCCCUAACCCAGGGCAUGACCGAGGUUGAUCUCGACCUACCUUCUAAGGGAGAACAAACUACUUGCAUUCAAGCCAUUCCGUUACAGAAGUGGCGGCCCCUUCUUCGCCCGUCACCUGAGUAUUCUGGAAUGAGAUUGAAGCUGCUUAGUCCGGACAACUGGACAGGAAGCAAUAUACCUGCCUCUUGCUCCAUAUUCCCUUUCGUCAUACCAAGCAUCAUCGACGUAUAUGAAAAUUUCAUGGCUAUCGACGCUCUUCGGAAAACUAUAUUGGCACCUUUGUCGUUUGGAAUAAGCCAUCUGCCAUUGCUCACACGAGUUCUUGCACCCAUGUUUGAUGAUCGAAGAUUUCGCGGCGCUUCUAUUCUUGGAACCAGUAUUUUGAAGCUAUACCACUCUAUCCACCCUCAUGGGUUCAAGGUCCGGACCCACAGCGUUUUGGUUCAGGUUAUUACACAGGCCGGUCUAGAUAAGUUCAUUCUCGAAAGAUUCACAGAGGGGAAUGAAAGGGAAUUGGCUCCCCUGUUCGCCAAUGCCACCCUUGGGCAGACCCAGCCGAGGCCCACGCGCUUCCUGCCCGCCGGUGAUGUGGCAACUUUCAUGAGGGCCCUGGUCGGUGCCUCUUAUGUCGUGGGAGGCCUCUCUAAAGCCCUCGCAUGCAUGCAACUUUUCCUACAACUCGAGGCGACUAAAACUUUCCAAAAUACCUCUUUGCCUAAAUCCCAAACCUGUCGCAUCAAAGUCAACCCCACCGAUCUCGUCCCUAUAGAGAAAUUGCUCGAUAACACGUUCGAAGACAGCAAGAAGCACAUACUCCUUCGAGCGCUAACCCACCCCUCGUAUAUCGGCGUGAGCCUUCGCACUGUCAAAUCCUACCAGCGGUUAGAGCAGGUGGGAGACGCGGUGCUGGAUGUGAUCAUUGCGAGGAGGCUGUAUGGAUAUGACCCGAACGAGCCCUUGGGGGAGUGUCGCCCUGACAAUUGGCGUUUGCGUGAUGUCUUGGGCUCUAUUGGGAGCGCAGAUUUCUUGGCUUGGUGUAUGCUCGAGACUACAAUACCGCAUACGAUUGAAGAAGGGGCGGAGAACACCGAACGUGAUAUCCAAAGAGCUCGUGAAGAGCCCAAAGUACUAUGGCACUUCCUGCGCCACCGCGACCUUCCCCACCCCGACGAAAUCCUGGCCCAGUACAAGGCUUCCCGCGCGUCCAUCCGUGACGCUCUGUCCUCCUCCCCGCGCUUUCCCUGGCAUCUAUUUGCUCUCCUAUCACCGCCCGACGAGUUCUCUGAUAUUGUGGAAAGCGUCAUAGGGGCUGUGUAUGUGGCUAGCGACGGGAACAUGGAGGCUUGUGAGCGCGUGAUAAAGAGGUUUGGGAUUCUGCAAGUGCUGGAAGGAAUACUGAAAAGGGGUGUCGACUGUAAUCACCCAAAGACCAGGCUGAGUAUAUUGGCGGGAACGGAGCGAAAGACGUUAGAAUACGUCAGACUCGGUGAUGGACAGCGAGAUUCAAGAGGAGCAGGAACAAGAAAAGACAACAGGUGUCGUGGUGUGAAGAGUGGGGCGAAUGACGAAAGCAUUGAGGAGAACGUGUACAAGGUACAGGUUAGGUUCGAUGGCGUUGACGUGGGUGAUCCAGUGGAGGGGCCGACUCUGAUAAAGGCUGAGACAAUAGCCGCGUGGAACGCAUUCCAGAUACUGGAGGGCAAUUCCGGGGGAAUUUUAAAGACGGCAUCAGGACAAGAUAUGAGCGAGCACACACCUCCGACCGUACCCCGUCCGGUGAACGAGAUAUUGGGAGGGGACUCUGGGAAAGAUGCGGAGCUGGUUGCAAAACAGGAUGAGGAGAUCGGAUCAGAAGAUGUCGCGGAGCGCCCACCGAACGGACCAAAACGCAAAGCUGGACGCCAACCUACCAACAGGUGGGUAAACGAUGUAAUCGAAGCGGAUCCUGCACCAUUUGCGGAGGAAGAAUCACAAGAUAUGGAUCUCGUAUUAGAAGAACAUAUCGGGACUGGCGAACUACUCACCGGCAUGGUGGCAAGCAACGUAAUACACUCCAGGAAGUGGUUCAACACAGUGAUCGAAGCGGACUAUGCACUAUUUGGGGAGGAAGAGCUACAUGAUGUGGAUCUGGUAUUGGAACAAGAUAUCGGGACUGGCCUACUACUCGCCAGCAUGGCGGCAAGCAACGUAUUAACAAACGAGUUCCAGGGCAGUGGUGGUCCCCAUCUGAUCAAGUAUACGCAAGUGGCUGGUCAUAUGCCGCUACGCAUCCCCACGGUGGCAAGCAAAGUAUUACCAGAAGACUUUUGGAGCGGUUAUGAUCCCUAUAGAACCAAGCGUAUGCAAGCAGCUGGCCAUAUACCGCUACCCAUCCGCACGGUGGCAAAAGUACCAUCACCAGAUAGCAGAUUCACUGUUUACAGGAACUUGGCAUUAGAGCAGGAUGCCAGGUAG